CGGUCAGCUGUUCGAUGAGGAAGUAAACAUCAUUCAACUGGACGGACUACUCCACGGAGAAAGGUACAGUGCACUGCUGACCGGCUCUCCAAAUGACGUCUCUGAUUUGCACUUUACAAGACCAUCGAGACGAUGUCAACUGGUGUGCCUUCUCUGGCGACCUGUUCGCCACGUGUUCUGGGGACAAAACUCUCAGGAUAUACAACACCCGUGACUUCUCGGAGCUGCCUUUUUCACCGCUGUCGGGACAUGGAUACACCGUCCACUGCUGCUGCUUCAGCAGCUGCGGACAGUUCCUUGCAUCAUGUUCGACUGAUGCAACCACAAUGGUGUGGUCCACGGUCACAGGUGAGAUCGAGGCCGUCCUGGAGCAUCCUGGUCGUAGUGCUGUGAGGAUCUGUGCGCUCUCUCCUGACUCUGCCCACCUGGUUUCUGGUGCAUCUGAUGGCACUUUGGCUCUGUGGGAUUUCCCAUCCAAACAGCUGCGCAGGACCGGAGCAGUGUAUGACACGACAAUGGUAGCCUGCUCCUUCAGCCCCUGCAGUCAGGUGUUCAUGACCGGCUCCACUUACGGAGACCUGCGUCUGUGGGACUUGGACAUGAACCAGCUCCAUGCAGAGAAAAAUGCCCACGACCUGGGGGUCACCUGCUGCACCUUCGAUCCCAGCAUCCUCAGUGAUGGUCAAGUUGUGCAGUUUUGUCUGGCAUCCUGUGGACAAGACAGUCACCUGAAGAUCUGGACCAUUAAUAAGUCCAGCUCUGGAGGAUAUAAGAUGCGGCUCCUGCACACAUUAACUGGCCAGACGGCUCCGGUCCUCUGCUGCGCGUACUCCUCAGACGGGCAGCUGCUUGUGUCUGGCUCUGUGGACAAAACUGUGGCAGUCUAUGAUGCUAAAAAUGCAGUUUUGCUUUACAAACUGAACCAGCACGAGAGGUACGUGACGGCGUGUUCCUUCUCUCCAACUUCACCACUAAUUGCUACAGGAUCUAUGGAUAAGACUGUAAACAUCUGGAGAGUGGAGGACGGAUGCAGUGACCGUCGCGGGAAGACGUUCCCUGAGAAGUCUGCUCUGACAUCAAGUGAAGGGAGAACCUCAGCGGGCCGAUCUAAGCUGCUGGUCAGCGAUUGGUCGGAGGGAGAUGUGUCAGCGUGGCUGUUGGAGGAAGGCCUCGAGGGAUUGGUGGACAGAUUCAGGGCCAACGACAUAGAUGGGACAGAGUUGCUCAGUCUCACAAAGGAAACGCUGGCGUCAGAGCUGCACAUAGAGUCUGCAGGCCUGCGCAGUAAACUUGUGAGGAAGGUGGAGGAGCUGAAGAGUGAUUCCGUUUGUCCAGGCAUUCCUGAUGAGUUUCUGUGUCCAAUCACCAGAGAGCUGAUGAAGGAGCCAGUCAUUGCUGCCGAUGGAUACUCGUAUGAAAGAGAGGCCAUCAACAGCUGGAUCAACACUAAGAACCGCUCCAGCCCCAUGACCAACCUCCCCUUGCUGACGACUCUUCUCACCCCUAAUCACACCCUGAAGAUGGCCAUUGGUCGCUGGAAGACCAGCCACUAGCAUCUGAAAGACCUCCGAGCCCACAGUACCCGAAAUAUUUUCCCCAAAGUAGACAGAAACCACAGCAUUUCAGGAACGGGUGCAUCUGAUUUUCUUCCAUUUGAGGCCUCUGCACAUUAAUUAAUGCCAUUUCUGACCCCUGGGGAGCAGAAUUGUAGCAACGGGUCUAAAUUUUCUUUCAGCUUAUUAAGUUUCAAUGGCCAAAAAACCAUAAGUAGAUCCAGAGCAAUAUGAGCAUCCCAGGGGAGUGCUCCUUUUGGGAUACCUUAUGAAUGCAAAGUUUUAUAGCGAGUUUGAGGUAAUGUUAGCUGUUUGGCCUGCAACUUUUUUGUUUUUGUUCACUCUCACCGCUCUUAUAGUGUCGCAAAAAUACACCACGCUACCGGCUCAGCACCAAACAGCAGACACACGGUUAGCUACUAGCUGGUGAACAUAGAGGAGCAUUUAGCAGCUUAAGAUCCAGAUAGUUCCCUCAGGAGUUGGUAGAGACCAAAGACAGAGCUAAAAGAGAGUGAAUAUUUGACUUGCAUUCAUCCAAGGUACAGGUGCUCACUAUUGCUAAUGUUGCUCUGUAACUACUGGAUGUGUAAGCACGUUCAUAUCAACUUAAUAUGUGAUAAUAAGUGGCCAAACAAAUCAGCUAUUGCAGGUUUAGUAUUCACUAGCCUUUCAUCUCCGCCUCGUUCUUCCAGCUUCUCACAAUCAACACUUCUGUCUCUGUGGUAAAAGUGAGACUUUUUCACCAUUUCUUUUAGCUUGAUGUCAUUUUGCUUAACGCAGGUAGCGCAAGUGGUUUGUUUUGGCUGAUAAUGGCCAGUUAUUCUGGUUUGUUAAUUAGAGUGCUGUACAGAAAACCACAUAACGAUACAAACGAUAAUACAAAAUGUCAACGAAACUGGAGGCUCCUAAUUAAAAGUGAAUACCUCAUUGUGAUUAGCCUUACCUUACACAGGUAGCUAUUUCAAAAUGAGCUGCAUUUAUAAUACGUAUGUGUAUAAAUAAAGAUCUUUAUGAAGUUAAACAAAUGCUUCAUAAUGAAAACCAAGUUUGAUUGGGAGGCCUUCAGUGUUGUGUGCAUUUUCUAUUAUUUAAUACUUCUAUCGACAGAAUUACCCGUAAAGAAUUAGCUGCGAGUGUCUGAACGCUACAGAGCGCUACAGACCGAGGGGUUGUUUUCAGUUGGAUCAGCAACACCAACAACCCUUUCACACUAAAGGUCUAUUGAUUCAAUGUUAAUGUUAGAAGUAUUGCUUAAGGGAGCUUUAAUUGAAAAUGAGUAAUGUUGUUUACCCUACUGAAAACACUGUUUGCACUAUCUGCAGGUAAGCAUUACAUAUUUGUGUUUUUUAGAUUGCAGGACCUUGCUUGUUACAAACCCUAUGGGAAUAGUGCUUGGACAAAGAAGUUUCGGGUUUACUUCCCUGUGCAGGCUAACAUCCAGCCUUUGAUGACAUUGAUGAAGACAUUUCUGCAAUAUUCAGAAAAUGAAAUGUCCACAUUUGUAUACAAGUAGUUUAUUUUGAUGCCGUGGUUUGGAUAAGUUAGGUUGUACUAUAAAACCUUUUAUCCAUCCAUACACAAUCUGCAAAAUGCUUUAAAAAGGCAACAUUUUAUGAAUUAUACUGUGAAAGAAGUAGAUGUAGAAAUGAAGUCCUCCAUUAAUAUUUUAUUAUACCACAAUGAUAAUGUGGUAACAUUCUGUAAUCCAUAGUAUGACUCUGAAAAGGGUAUAUGAUAACUAUGGACAUACAGCAAUGUACGUAGCCUCUUAAGAUUUUCUAUCCGCAACUUUUGCUCGUGUAAAUGUUCUCUCUGUGUCCAAAUAAACCAAUAAACACUUCAUAUGAAUAUGUUCU